UGAAACGACAUCAUUUCUAGGCGCAGUCUUGAAGUAUAAACUUCUUUUAAAAGUUUAUUUUAAAACCGUUACAAUGAGUAAUUAUAUUGCAAUGGACUGUGAAAUGGUUGGAAGUGGCAACCGAAGUUUAUUAGCACGGGUGUCAUUGGUUAAUAAUUUUGGCUCGCUCGUCUACGAUAAGUACGUGAAACCAACGGAAACAGUAACGGAUUACCGUACUUUUGUUAGUGGCAUAAAACAACACCAUUUGAAUACAGGAGAAAAUUUUAAUACGGUUCAAAGGGAAGUGCAGAAUUUGAUUCGUGGCAAAAUUUUAGUUGGCCAUUCAUUGCAUUUCGAUCUUGCAGCAUUGGGUCUUACGCACCCAGAGAGAGACAUAAGAGAUAUAGCUAAAUACGAGCCAUUUAAGAGGCUUAACAAUGGAAAUACUCCAUCGCUUCAGCUCUUGGCUCAACAUUAUCUGAAUCAAAGGAUUCAGUCCGGGGAACAUGACUCCGCUGAAGAUGCUAAGGUCGCUAUAAAAGUGUACCAAACAGGGGCUAGAAACUGGCCGUAAUUGAAAAAUAAUAAUUUACCUCUAUGAUUCAAUAUCUUUAUUAAUCUUCUGUAAUAAAUGACUGAAUAAUUAA